AGCAACAGCAUCCCAGCCCAGUCCCUACAGCUCCUCCAUCUGCACAGCGGAGCUGGACGGACCAGCCAGAAUGUGGAGAGCACUGCUACUUCAACUCUUUCUCGUCUCCAUAUGUUGUGUAAGAUGGUGCAACUCUGAAGGAUGCGAGUUGGGGCAGUUCCGCUGUGGGACAGGUCGAUGUAUACCAGGUGACUGGCACUGUGACGGCACAUCAGACUGUGUGGAUGACUCUGAUGAACACGACUGCCGUAUCAUGCGAUCACAGUCAAUUCCAGUGUUUGAGUGACGGCGAGUGUAUCCCUGAUGUGUGGGUGUGUGAUGAUGAGGAGGACUGUGAGGAUGGCUCAGAUGAGAGGCAACACUGCCCUGGAAGGCCGUGCACCAGUGGCCAGUUCAGUUGUAGUAACAGGGCAUGCAUCCCAGGAGAAUACAGAUGUGACCGUCUGGCGGACUGCUCAGAUGGGUCUGAUGAGAGAGACUGCCAUUACCCCGAGUGCACACAGCUGAGGUGUGCUAAUGGGGCCUGCUACAACCGGACCCAAAGAUGUGACCAGAUGCUUGACUGUCGUGAUGGCUCUGAUGAGGCAAAUUGCACACAGCACUGCAUUACGGGCCUGUUCCCGUGUCAUAACGGGGUGUGUGUUCCUCAACGCUACGUCUGUGACCAUGACGAUGACUGUGGAGACAGAAGUGAUGAGCUGAACUGCACAUAUCCUACAUGCAGAGGGAACUACUUCACCUGCCCCAGUGGCCGCUGUAUCCACCAAGUCUGGGUUUGUGAUGGAGAGGAUGACUGUGAGGACAAUGCAGAUGAAAAAGGCUGUGAUAAUGUACCGCGGGAGUGUUACCCAGGAGAAUGGCCCUGUCCAUCCUCUGACCUGUGUAUCCCCAUGGAUGAGCUAUGUGAUGGGAAAGCUCACUGUUUUGAGGGAGAGGAUGAAACUAACACCACUGCUGGGCGCAACUGCAGUAUCUGGAGAUGUGCCUCUCUGAGCUGUGAGCAUCGUUGUCAUGCUUCCCCUGAUGGAGGGACCUGUUCUUGUCCUUCUGGAUACAUUGUCAACACCAACGAUAGUCGCUCAUGUAUAGACUUUGACGACUGUUCGAUGUGGGGUGUCUGUGACCAGCUGUGUGAGGACCGCAUAGGCUCCCAUCGCUGCAGCUGUCGAGAAGGCUACACCCUGGAGCAGCACAGAUACUGCAGAGCUGACGUCUCAACAGUGACCACCUAA